UCAAACGUUUUUCCAAAAAUAUCACUGUUUAUUUUGUGGUUUCAUAGACAUACAGUAUGCCUACAUCCAUAAAAUCUUUAGCUUACAUUUUUUUUAUGACACACUGUAGAAACUAUUUUGCCUACUUCACUUCUGCUAUACAUUUCAUACUGUACCAUUGUGAUCCAGGGCUAUCAGGAGAGCUACCCAAUCCCAGAGGGCCAUCAUGGCUUCAUCAGUGAUGCCAGACUUCUGCAGAUGCAGAGAGCUGAGAGAGAAGCCAUGGAAGCAAAGCAAAGAAAGAUAAGUGCUAUUCUCCAUGAGAAUUAUGUCCGGACUGCUCUCAUCGGGGUUGGCAGCACCUUCGCGCACCACUUCGUCCCCUCUAUUCAGUGCAUUCCGCGGCCGAAAGCUCCACCAAGGCCUUUGCCACGAAGGCUUGAACACAUAGCUCUGGCCCCACUGAAGAACGUGGUGGGGGUGGACGGAGCCCAAGUUCGACCUGGAUCUAAACUCUCUGGAGUCCAUCCAGGUAAAUAAAUCAUUCAGCAGCAUUAGCGUGUGGCCUGUUCCCGUCCCUCCAACUGGAGCUCCCUCCAAGAGGGGCAAGAAGAAGAAGAGCAGGCGGGAGUCGAAGCCCUGAAAGUCCAGUCGGACCAGGGCUGUGCUGACAACAACGGACCCAUUGACCUGAUGGAGGAGGUGAGGGACAUCGAGGCUCACCUGAAGGAGGAGGCCUGGAAGGUGGUACAUGAGGUGAAGGCCGUGGGCAGGAGAAGUUUGGGCUCGGCCAUGUCCACAGGGGAAAUAGCCACCAGCUCUCUGGGAAGACUGAGCUCAGUGGAUAUGAACACCCCUGCUGAGCUCCGUGACUACUUGGAUGUUGGGACCCCGGUCAAGUUGCGUGACAGCCCACCCAGGCCUGCCCCCCCCUCCUAUCAAGCCCAGGAGCAAACUGCCUCGGCCUAUAAGGUUCCUUAGCUUGCCAAAGGCUGCCACCGGCUCAGGGAGAAGAAGAUCGAGGGCUUGACCUCUCUCCGUGUGAUGGCUCAGAACCACAUGGACAUACUGAUGCCUAAACUCCAUGAUAUCUGCCUUGCCAUUAUAAAUGAGGUGAAGAACCUGCGCUCUGCAGUGCCCUGUGCUGCCAUGGCCACACUGGGUGACAUGUACGUCCACCUCCAGAGGGCCAUGGAUUGUGAGGUGGAGGGGACGGCACGCGUGCUGCUGCACAAAGCCAGCGAGGCCAACGCCUUCAUCCGGCAGGGCGCCAACUUUGCCCUGGGUCACAUGGUGCAGAGCUGCACCCCUACCCGUGUCAUGAAUGCCCUGCUGGUCGGUGGGCUGAGGUAAAGAGGGAGAGGGGUCAAUUAACACUCACUAAGGGGUAGAUCCGGACUUCCACAAA